AUGGAGCCCAUCAGCAGCAACACGACAGCUCCUCUCGCAAGCGCCGACAGCCAGACGACGAGCCCUCUCUUGGGCUCCAGUAACAGAAUGCACGGCGGCAUCUCGUUUUGGAACUGGCGCCAGAACAACGGCCUCUCUCUCUCUGGCUUCAGCAGCAGCGGCUCGGCUCUUCACUCGGACUGGGACGCCAGAAGCAGCGCGAUUCCCCCGCUCUCCGGUGGUACUGGCGACAGUAUGGCGAUCCCGAGAUCAACCUGGAUCAUUUCACCCCUUCCGAUUUCGAUGAUUUUCUACUGGAAAAACGGAAAUCCGUAA